UCAUCAAAUCACAUCAACAAAUAAACAAACCCAAAAUCUAGAAAUUGGUACACAAUGACAAUUUCAAUCCCUCCCCCAUUAAAGUAUCAUGAGCCAACUACACACACCCAAAAGCUCACAUGGCACGACUCCAUCACCACCAUCACCAUCACCAUCACCAUCACCAUCACCAUCACCAUCUCUCUCUCUCUCUCUCUUUCUCUCUCUACAGCAGACCAGAGCAAAGCAAAGCACGUCCUUUUAUGCUUCACUUCCCAAAGACCAAAGAGCCAUCAAUCAAAUCCCCACCUUUCCCACACUUUCAAUUUCCCUUUGCCGCCUCCGCCACGCGCAAGCAUUGGCAAUGCCACCACCUCCUCCUCCGCCGCCGCCGCCGCCGCCGCCUAGAGCUCCGUCAAUGUCACGCCCGUAGCAGCAGCAGCAGCAGCGCCACCGACCGACCAUGUGGGGCCUCGCGGGGAGCGCAAUUCGCGCGGCGCGGGGCGUCCGGAGAUCCGCCCUCGGUUUCCUCCACCGCCUCUUGCCCGCUUCCUUCUUCGCCCUCCUCCUCCUGCUCCUCCUGGCCUACAACGCCGCCUCCAUAUUCUCCGUCCGAGUCCCCGCCGACCCGCUUCGAAGACCGCCUUCUUCGCCUUCGGCUGCGGGCGCCAAGAUUUCCUCGGGCGGCAAUGUCAUGUACGCCGUCCGGGAAGAGAACCCGCCGCCGGUCUCGAGGACCCAGUUGGCUCUUCUGCAGAAAGACGAGAUUUUGACCCGACCCGUCGUCGGUUCCCCGCCCCCGCCGCCGCCGCCGCCGAGGCCGCAGCAGCCGGGUCGCCGCAGGCCCGCCAAGCGCGCCGCUCGAGCGCUGCGGCUCGGGGCUCAGUCGACGGGGUUCGCGGCGAGGGUGAACGGCUUCUUCGCGGCGUCCUCCUGCGAGGCGCGGUUCUUCAUGACCUGGAUCAGCUCGCUCGAGUCGUUCGGCGACAGGGAGGCGUUCGCCGUCGAGAGCCUGUUCAAUUCCCACCCGGACGGCUGCCUCGUGAUCGUGUCGAGCUCGUUGGAUUCGGACGAGGGCCGCGACAUCCUGCGGCCGUUCCGCGACAAGGGCCUCAAGGCGAUCGCGAUUUCGCCGAAUUUCGGAUACUUGUUCAGGAACACUCAUGCUGAAUUAUGGUUCCAGAGGUUGAAGAGAGGGAGAUUGGAUCCUGGCGAGGUCGCCCUGGGCCAGAACCUAUCGAAUUUGCUCAGGCUAGUCCUGCUGUACAAGUUCGGCGGCGUGUACAUCGACACCGACGUCGUGGUCCUGAAGAGCAUGUCCCGGCUACGGAACGUGAUCGGGGCGCAGACGCUCGACGCCGGGACCGGGAACUGGAGCCGGCUGAACAAUGCCGUGCUGGCCUUCGACAAGGGCCACCCGCUGCUGUUCAAGUUCAUCCAGGAAUUCGCCCUCACGUUCGACGGCAACAAGUGGGGCCACAACGGUCCCUACCUGGUGUCGCGGGUCGUCGCGAGGGUAGGUCGGCGGCCCGGGUACCGCGACUUCGCGGUGCUGCCCCCGUCGGCGUUCUACCCAGUCGACUGGAGCCGGGUCCGGAGCCUCUUCCGGGGGCCCCGGGGCCACCUGCACGCCAAGUGGCUGCACGACAAGCUGCGCCACAUCCGCAGCCGGAGCUACGCCGUCCACCUCUGGAACAAGCAGAGCAGGAAGCUGAGGGUGGAGAGGGGGAGCAUAGUCGAUCACAUAAUGGCGGAUUGCUGCAUCUUCUGCAACAGAUCAAUGUCCAAUCUGUAGAUACACAAGGACAAGGACUAGUGCAAUUUGCCAAUUCCAGCAUAGAUUUUUAAAGUAUACAACGUAGGGCUUGCUUGUGGACAUGGGACAAACUCAGUCCAUUCCAGUGCAAGGAUAGCGUUUCGAUCUGUUCUUUUUUAGUCAAUAAUUGAAUCAGAAUCUUGGUUCUGUUGAUGGGUUCUGUUUCUUCUGAUCUCUUCUCUUGUCCUGCCCUAGCAGCGCAAGCUGCAAAAUGCAGAAAGGGCACAGGGAAGAGAUUGCCGCCCAUUUGAUUGGCAAAUUUGGUGGUUCAUUCAUUGAUUUUGGGGGGAAUGAUGAUGGAACCUUCUUUUUGGGUCAGAUGAGGAAUUUCAUAAAUGCUGAGGGGUGGGAUUGGAACUGGCUUUUGGGGGUUAGCCUGUGAUAAGGGGAAAGUAUUGAUUUAUGUAAUUUUUUUUUCUCCUUCAAUAUCUUGUCAAUUUCAAGUUCAA